AUGCAGCCGCUGCCAUGCUACCCGAAGGGCUUGGAUACUGCCAGGUUGCUCAAGUCUAGACAGGGGAAGUCAAGAGGACCACGGACCUUGCGAUCAGUAAAUUCGCGCCCUAACCACUUGAACCAUCUCGCCCCACCCUCACAAAGAAGCCAGUCAAUCUUAUUUUGGAAUUGCACGGCUGUACUAAAG